GAUAAGACUGGUGGGUGGGGAGAGUGGGAGGAGGGAGGGAAGGAGAGACAGCACUGUGGACUGGAUGGGGAGGAUAAAAAGAGGAGGGCAGACAGACAGACAGAAGUUUGACAUACUUAAAAACAAAGACCACUGCAAUUGUGAGUUGAGUUGUUUUCAGCCGCUCAGGAGGGAGGAUCUCUGUGUUACUACUUCAUCACUACAGCACAGGAAUUUGAUGUUGCAUGUGGAAAAGAAAACAGAGACUCUAGGACGUAAUCAGCUCCACUGACAACUCUGGAUAGUGGAGAGAAGAAGCAGCAGGAGACCAGAGCUGCAGGAAGCCAACAUACCAACACUAUUGAGAUAAGGCUUUAGGAGGGAACCUUCAAAAACAAAACAAAAGCUCUUACAACUUCUCGCAAGGAAAGGAGCGGAAAAGUAACCCUGUUUCUAGAGAGAGGAGUCAAGAGUUGGGAGGGAUAAAGAGAAAACUUAAAGAACAUUGUUGAAGUGUGAGGGGAGAACGUGUGCGUGGAGGACUGACUGGACUCAAGUGGUCUUGAGAAGAAGUGAGAAAACAGCAGCAAUCUGGAGGACGAACAGCAAGAGGUCCACCUAGCCCCACAGCACCAUUUCACUAUGAGUAUGACUGGUACUCUAGAAAAGGGGGCCCACCACCAGGCCUUGGACCUGUCCGAAGAACUGCCGCCUCAUCAUCACCAUAUCAACCAUCACCAGUAUCUUAACCAUUCCAACUCCCUGGCCUCCACCACCGCUGUGGGUGGAGGCAGAGAAACACCUUCGCGUGUGGUCGUACCUCCUCCUUAUUCUGCAGCUGAGAGCGGUGGUGGGGGCAGUGAAGCUCCUCUGGAGCUGCGGGGGUCCCUAGAUUGCUGGGCCUGCUCGGUGCUGGUGACGGCUCAGAACCUGGUUAUUGCCACGAUCAACGCCUGCCUCGCUGGACUGGUGUUCGGGACCAUCCUGACGCCGGCCAUUGUCAUGGUGGUGUUCGGCUUCCUCUGCCACUCUACAGUCCGCCCUCACGGGACGACCCCCUACUGCUCAGACCUGUUGACUGACGGAGGCUGUGUGGCUCUGCUGGUGGUGGGCUUCCUCUUGGUCACCCCUCUUCUGGUCCUGGCGCUGGCUGCAUACUGCCGCCUGGCCCGGCACCUCCAACUGGGCCUGUGCUUCAUACCAUACAGCCGUGCCGUAUACAAGAACCUGCCGGCCACCCAGCACCGAGGCCUGGGCACUGGCUGCUGUGGAGGCCGAGAUGGAGCGAAUGGUAGUGGGAAGGGAAAGGUCUGGGUGUGAGAUGAAGGUGGGAGGAAGGGGGAGAGGGGGUGGGGAUGAAGAAGACAAUUAGAUUUAGAAUAUGGAGGGAAUUGAACAAGAGAACAGGAUGGGGGAUUUAUGGGAUGACUAAGAAAGGGCAGUGGAUGUAAGGAACAGCAAAAUGUAUACCAGAGAAGGGAGUAAGUUGGCAAUUAAAUGGCAAUUACAAUAACUACCAGAUGAACAUCCUGGAAGACACCUUACAUUGAUAUAUAUACUGACUAAUGACUUACUCUUCUGCCUUAACAUCAGAGUAACAAUGAUUGUUCAGAAAAAAAAAUUAACAUGGUGUACAGAGCAAUUUUGUUUGUUGGUAUUAUUCCACUGGAAACAUUGGCUGUUAUUGGAAUUUUGACUAUCUUGUAGGGGUGGGUGAUAUGACCUAAAAUGUAUAUCACUGUAUUUUUUAUGGUGAUGGUAUUAUAUCACGGUAUUACAAAAAUUAAAAGAGGGAUACUCCACUCAAAACAUGAUUCUACCUCUUUUCACUCUAUUGGCAAUGUAAGGGAACAUAUCUUAAGAGAAAAAAGUAUUAAAACAUAAUGUGUUUAUUAUUAAUAGGAAUGAAAAUGUGGUAUAGGCCUACACAUGUUUUGGGAGGAGUAGCCUGCCCCAUAAUGUAGGUUAAUUAGUAAAUGUAAUGUGAUUUCUCAGUUAGACAAGGAGUAGGGUUAGGCAUCUCAACAGUAUUUUAUUGUAUUUAUUAUACAAUAGUCAGUGUACUACCACGGGACAUGUCUAUCAAGUACAUUUACAUACGGCAGCAACAGCGGCACUUGUGGUCUGCCUCUGUCACCAGGUUCGUCACACAGUCGCAAACAUAUUACUGCCGAUUUUUAAAGCAUAUCUACUGCGGCGAAUAUGAUUGUUAAUGUGAGUACUACAUCACAGCCACCUACGAAAAAGAAAUUGAAUCUGCAGUUAGGUGAACACAACGGGUGGAAGCAUACGGGAACCAGUUAGUUUGAAAACCAGUCGAGACAUAACACCAGCUAGAGCCGAGGGGGCUUUCAUGUAACAACAAAGCAAGUGAAAAAACUGUUUCCCACAUCCAACCUACUACUGUGGUUAUUUAAUUGGCUUCAGAUGAGGCAUAACGUUCACACAAUUUCUCUGGACUGUCCCUGAAUUUUACAACAUUUGCUAGUCCAACAUUGUCCCAGCCUGUGGGAUAAUAGACACUAGCCACAUUAGCCCUGCACCAUGCUAACACCAAGCUCAAAAGGCUAUCCUACAAAAUAAAAAGUGAAACAACAUAAAGAUCAGGUUAAGCUUACAGCUUCAGAGUUAAAAGUCGAUAUCAAUCCAUCCAAGAAAGGAGCAAAUUUGAUAUACUUCAGUUGUCAUUAUAAAAAAAAAUAAAGGAUCUAAUUAGACCUGCAUACAACCUUAGCUUUACUGAAUGAAUUAAGGGAAAUAGAAAAACUGAAACUAGCACACAUCAAAAAGGUUGUAUUGACACUACUCAAUAAUUGUAUCUUAUCACAUUUAUGUUAUUAUGAAAAACAUUUGUUAUUAUGAAAAACAUUUGUCUAAUGUAGUUUUCUGUUAAGAUGUUGCAAACCUUUUUAUAAAUAAAGUUUUUGAAUUCA